UGUCAUUCCCCAAGCUUGCCGCAAGCCAACCAACCUCUUGACGAUGAGCGCCCCCGCUGACUUUACGCCCGAAGCCAAGACCGCUUGGGAGAAGAGCUCGGACUUUGCCAACUACUUCUGCACCUAUGGCUUCAUCUACCACCAGAAGCAGAUGCUCACGGACCACUUGCGCAUGCAGCGGUACCGCGAAGCGAUCUUCGAGAACAUCGACUCGUUCAAGGACAAGGUCGUGCUCGACGUGGGCACGGGCAGCGGUAUCUUGUCGAUCUGGGCCGCGCAGGCCGGCGCCCGCAAGGUGUACGCCGUCGAAGCCACGGACAUGGCUGUGCAAGCACGCGCUGUGAUCGCUGCCAACAAGCAGGACCACAUCAUCACGGUCAUCCAGUCCAAGGUUGAAGACAUCCAGCUCCCGGAGCAGGUCGACAUCAUCAUCUCGGAGUGGAUGGGCUACUUCCUCCUCCGCGAGUCCAUGUUCGACUCGGUCAUCGUCGCCCGCGACCGCUGGCUCAAGCCGGGCGGUGCCUUGUACCCGUCGCACGCUCAGAUGUACAUUGCGCCCUUGGGCCUCGAGCAGACGGCGCUCAAGCGCUUCAGCGAGUUCUCGAGCGCGAUGGACGACUGGACCAUGUUCGUCUCGGAGACCAAGGAGCAGUGGGGCGUCGACUACUCGUGCCUCGGCAACGCGUUCCGCAAGGAGCAGGAGCUCUACUCGCUCUACACCUCGCAGUGGCUCGAGCUCAACCCGAGCGACGUCAUUGGCGAAGAAGUCACGAUCAAGUCGCUCGACUUGAACAAGUGCACGAUCGAGGACGUUGCGUCCGUCUUCUCGGAGUUUUCGUUCACGAUCGGCAGCACGACGCGCUUUGGCGCGAUUGGCGGCUGGUUCGACGUCGACUUCAAGGGCUCCAAGGAGAACCCGGCGCACACGCCCGUGACGCUCACGACGUCGCCGUUCGUCGAGCCGACGCACUGGGGCCAGCAGGCCUUUGCGCUCUGCCCGCCCACGCAGGUCUGCGCCGGCGACGUCAUCCGUGGCACGAUCGCUGUCGUGCGCCGCAACGACAACCAGCGCCUCAUGAACGUCAAGUUCGACUACGCCAUCGAGCACGUCGGCGACAACCGCAAGCCCGCGCUCCAGUCGAUCGUCUUCCAGGUCGAGUAAAAACGCGUCGACGAGUAUAAAUUUUAAAGAGAAAUUAAUUGCUGCUUCGGUA